AUGGAGAAGUUUGUGCGGAGUUUCAAGGACUGGGCUGGUAUUGGUAGGAGACAGAACCCAGAGGUCGCGAGGAGUCACUACUCAUUGGUGUCGAGUACUGAGCUGACUGCUGGGGCUGUGGAGUUAUGGAAUGGAUUGCCGCCUGAGGUGAAAUAUGACCCGUCGCUCGCCUCGCUGCAACAACUGUACGAAAAGGAGCAUGGCAACGCCGACAAUGUGCUAGCUAAAACCCGCACAGGCGCGUCGAAGAAACGUCUACCGUCAGUCAGCUCGGCUCCUCAUCUGAACAACAAUGUCAUACGCUCUGAGGGUAGUCACCAACAAGACGGGAUCGAGGUCAGCGACACAAGCAAGAAUGAGCUUAAUGGACAUGCUCAAUCUGCAAUCGAGAAGCCAUCGAAGAUGGUGCAAGCGAGACGCUGGAUUAAGAUGAUGCUGCUGGUGGCUUGCUGGUUCUGUUUCACUCUAGCUUUUAUGAUGUACAACGAGAAAGAAGAGGAGACGCUUACCACUUUUGUUCCUCCGGGAGAGACCAAAAACUACAUACUACAUAUACCUGACGACCAAUUGUCGCUCCUGGUGAAGUUAUCAGGGCCGUUCAUGACAGAACAGGCGGAAACGAAGGUGAACACUACCGAAGCAGACAGAAUCGAAGUGUGGUUAGAGAGGUGGACUUUAGCCAACAAUGAAGAAGAAAAUAUCAAAGAAGAUAACGUUCAAUUUAAAGAGAAAGGAGAAUCCUGGUUUAUAACACUUCAGACUUUGGAAGAACUAGACUUCAAUAAGGGCGAGUUGAGGUCAGAAGUAUUAAAAUUGGCCUCAAACCGCACAGUUUCGAACCACAAUAACGGAAGCACCGUUUAUUCGUUAAGAAUGCGAUCGACAUCGAAUCAAACCACACCUCUUACGAUGCAGUACACGAAGAAUCCGCUAGAUAGCAGCACUGGUGUUAUAUACGCUUGUUUGCUGCUGUGCGGGUUGUACAUUUUAAUAAUUUUCGAGGUCAUUAACCGUACCAUGGCCGCUAUAUUAGUAUCCGCGUCAGCUUUGGGCGUUCUAUCCGCUGUGGGGGAGAGGCCUACCCUCCAGGAGCUGGUGUCGUGGCUGGACGUGGAGACGCUCCUACUGCUGUUCAGCAUGAUGCUGCUGGUGGCUAUCAUGGCGGAGACGGGGAUGUUUGACAGCUUGGCGGUGUAUACGUUUGAGAUAACGAAAGGGAAGUUGUGGCCUUUGAUAACUCUCCUCUGCGCUAUCACGGCCGUAGUGUCCACUGUCCUGGACAAUGUCACUACAGUCCUUCUGAUGACUCCAGUUACGAUCCGCCUAUGCGAGGUGAUGGAUUUGAACCCGGUCCCUAUACUGAUGUGCAUGGUGCUGUUCAGUAACAUUGGUGGUACUGCCACGCCGGUAGGAGACCCGCCAAACGUCAUCAUAGCUUCAAACAAAGCUAUUGUUCAAUAUGGUAUCAACUUCACCAAUUUCACCCUUCACAUGUCUUUGGGCAUCGUGCUUGUCUGCGUCCAGACGUAUUUCCAGCUGAGAUUCAUCUACCGGGACACGAACAAGUUAAGGCUAAAUGUGCCAAGAGAAAUACAAGAAAUCCGUCAGCAGAUAACAAUAUGGCGGCGCGCCGCAGAUUCCUUGCCGCAUUUCAGUAAAGACGAGCACGUAGUGAGAGAGAGACUUGAGAGGAAGGUGGUCAAACUAAACCUGCAGUUGGAGAAGCUGCAGAAAGAGAGUAAGAAGAGAGCGUGCCCGAAGGACACCUUCCAGAGCACGCUGGAUGAGAUGAAAUCAAAGUACAAGAUACGAGAUAAGGCUCUCCUCAUCAAAGCGACGGUGACUCUGAUCUUCGUGGUGGCUGUGUUCUUUCUGCAUUCAAUACCUGAAUUUAACCGCCUAUCAUUGGGCUGGACGGCGCUCCUGGGCGCGAUCUUACUACUAGUACUAGCGGACCGAGAGGACUUAGAACCAAUACUUCACCGCGUGGAGUGGUCCACGCUGCUGUUCUUUGCCGCGCUGUUCGUGCUCAUGGAGGCAUUAUCCAAGUUAGGACUCAUACAGUUCAUAGGGGGGAUCACCGAGUCCCUGAUCUUCAAAGUGGACGAGAGCGCUAGACUGGCCGUGUCUAUUUUACUUAUGCUGUGGGUGUCGGGAGUGACGUCAGCGUUCGUAGACAACAUCCCACUGACCACGAUGAUGGUGCGCAUCGUGACGUCACUGGGCUCCAACCCCAACCUCGGGCUGCCGAUGGCGCCGCUCGUGUGGGCGCUGUCCUUCGGCGCUUGUUUGGGAGGCAACGGAACUCUGAUUGGCGCCAGCGCUAACGUCGUAUGCGCAGGAGUGGCGGAGCAACAUGGCUACCGUUUCACCUUUAUGGAGUUUCUGAAAGUCGGUUUUCCACUAAUGAUAGGCCAUCUUAUCGUCGCCUCAGCUUACUUACUGUUGUGCCAUUGUGUAUUCACUUGGCAUUAA